AUGGCAUCAACAAUCAAGCUUUCUCUUCCCAAUGCUCGACCAUACUCCUUCAAUUUCCCCCUCGCAACCACUGCUUUCAUCAUUAUUGACAUGCAAAGGGACUUUUUAGAUCCAAAUGGAUUUGGCUUCAUCCAAUGCGGGAAUCCUGAUAUCUUCUCCUCUGUCCGCAAGAUCGUGCAACCCGUUCAGAAAGUGCUAGAUGUCGCCCGCUCGAUUGGAACGCAGGUUAUCCAUACUAGGGAAGGCCAUCGCCCGGAUCUUUCAGAUUUGCCUGCAGCGAAGAAGUUGAGACAGAUCAGUGCGCCCGGUGGCCACCAUACGAUGGGCAUUGGCGACAAAGGCCCCAUGGGAAAGCUGUUGGUGAGGGGUGAGUGGGGUCAUGAUAUUAUUGACGACCUGAAGCCGCACCCCGGAGAGCCUGUCAUCGACAAACCAGGGAAAGGGGGUUUUUGGGAUACCGGACUUCACCGGAUCCUGUUGGCCAGAGGUAUUACGCAUUUGAUUUUCGCCGGCGUUACAACCGAGUGUUGUGUGACGACGACUUUGCGAGAGUGCAAUGAUCGAGGGUACGAAUGCUGCAUCCUGUCAGACUGCACUGGUGGUUUCGACCAGCAGAUGGUGACCACGUCCCUCGAUAUCAUUUGCGGUCAAGAUGGCCUUUUUGGAUACGUUGGCCACAGCUCGGACUUGAUUGCCGAAGCAGAAAAGUUCUGCGAGCUGAAACCGCCUUGUGCUGCCCCGGCUUUGGACGCUGCUCUUCCCUCAAUCUCUGAGUUGCAACGACACUACAAAAGCGGCUUCUUGGAUCCUGAGAUGAUUGUCCAGUCUGUUUUUGAUCGGAUAGAGAAAUACGAGACAGUCGACCCUGCCGUUUGGAUUUCUAAACAGUCUCGAGAAGAUGUGGUUGCGGCAGCCAAAGCCCUUUCUGAAAAAUAUGCUGGAAAGCCACUGCCUUGUCUUUUUGGAAUACCGUUUGCAGUGAAAGACAGUAUCGAUGUGGCAGGCGUAGUCACGAGUGUGGCGUGCGAGAGCUUCGCGUACACCGCCAACUCCACAGCCCCCUCUAUUCAGCAUCUGCUUGAUGCUGGUGCCUUGUACAUUGGGAAGGUGAACUUGGACCAGCUUGCAACGGGUCUAUCGGGAUGCCGAUCACCGUACGGUAUCCCCCACUGUGUCUACAGCACAGCCCACAUUUCCGGUGGCUCCUCGUCUGGGUCAGGAGUCGCUGUUGCAGCUGGACUCGUUUCAUUCGCCAUUGGAACUGAUACGGCAGGCAGUACUCGAGUCCCUGCAGCCUUUAAUGGCAUCGUUGGCUUCAAACCCACUAAGGGUACCAUCUCCGCUCGGGGUUUGGUGCCUGCAUGCAAAAGCCUUGAUACAAUUACCAUCAUGGCGCCUACUCUACUAGACGCACGAGAGGUAUGGUAUAUACUUGACGAGCAUGAUCCCUUGGAUCCAUAUGCCAAACCGCCAAGCCGCUUAUCAACUUGGAAGGUGGAUUUCCGAGGGCCAAAGGAAGGAGGCUUCACAUUCGGCAUUCCUCCAAUUUCUCUCCUGGAAACCUGCUCGAAAGCAUACCAAGAACUUUUCCAAGCUGCCGUUGAGAGGUUACGAUCUUGUGGUGGCAGGUUAGUUGACGUCGACUACACGCCAUUCGCCAAAGCUGGCGACCUUCUUUAUGAUGCGUCCCUUGUACACGAACGCCUUGCCUCCAUGGGUCACGAGUUCUUCGUUAAGAAUAUCGACACCCUCCAUCCCACCACCAAGUCUAUCUUUCAAUCCGCACUUUCUUCCGAGCUAAAAGCCUGGCAAGUAUUCCAUGAUCAGGCCGCACAAAUUCAAUACACCAUGCAAGCAAGGAAAACUUUCAAUACCUUGGAAGGCGGGAUUGAUAUCCUGGUCGUACCAAGUGUACCAUUUCAUCCUACGAUCAAGGAGAUGUUGGGUGACCCGCUGGCUCUGAAUUCCAAGCUUGGCACGUUCACACACGCAGGCAAUGUUGUUGACUUGUGUGGUGUUAGCGUCAAUGCCGGGUGGGUGGAGCAUGAAGAAGGAGUGAAGCUACCAUUUGGGGUUACUUUUCUUGGUGGAAGUGGGUAUGAUGGGAAGAUUCUGGAUAUCGCCGGGGUUUUCGAGGAUUCUGUCAAGGGAGGCUGUUGA